AUGGUUUGGAGUAGAGCUACUUGCAUUCUCUCUUUCAUCUUGCUUUUUGCCCACAUAGCAGCUGUAUCGAUUAAGCAUCUUUCUAAAGGAAAUGUCCAUGAGACAGAUUUUGAUGAACAGAAGGAUAUUUCAGAAAUCAAUUUAGCUGCGGGCUUGGACCUGUUUCAAGGGGACAUCCUCCUGCGGAAAUCCAGAAACGCCCUGAGAGACCCUGACGCCAGAUGGAGCUUCCCCAUUCCUUACAUUCUGGCUGACAAUCUGGGGCUGAACGCCAAAGGAGCCAUUCUCUAUGCCUUUGAAAUGUUCCGCCUCAAGUCCUGUGUGGAUUUCAAGCCCUAUGAAGGAGAGAGCUCGUAUAUCAUCUUUCAGCAGUUUAGUGGGUGCUGGUCUGAGGUUGGUGACCAACAUGUGGGACAGAAUAUUUCCAUUGGCCAGGGAUGUGACUAUAAGGCUAUCAUUGAACAUGAGAUCCUGCAUGCUUUGGGAUUUUACCAUGAGCAGUCAAGGACUGACCGAGAUGAUUACGUGAACAUCUGGUGGGAUGAAAUCAUUUCAGGAUACGAGCACAACUUUGACACCUAUGAUGAUGACAUCAUCACAGACCUCAACACGCCCUAUGAUUACCAGUCUGUGAUGCACUACGGGCCUUACUCAUUUAACAAGAAUGCAAGUGUCCCUACCAUUACAGCCAAGAUCCCUGAGUUUGACUCCAUCAUCGGGCAGCGCCUUGAUUUCAGUGCCAUCGAUUUGGAGAGGCUAAACCGAAUGUAUAACUGCACCACAACGCACACCCUUUUGGAUCACUGUGCAUUUGAGAAGACAAACAUCUGUGGGAUGAUUCAGGGUACCAGAGACGAUGCUGACUGGGUCCAUGAGGACAGCACUCAGCCUGGACAAGUGGAUCACACCUUGGUGGGACAAUGUACAGGUGCCGGCUACUUCAUGCACCUCAGCACCAGCUCAGGGUCGGCAGAAGAGGCAGCCCUGUUGGAGUCUAGGAUUCUUUACCCAAAGAGGAAUCAGCAGUGCCUGCAGUUUUUCUACAAAAUGACAGGAAGCCCUUCAGAUAGACUCGUCGUCUGGGUCAGGAGGGAUGACAGCACGGGCAACGUUCGAAAGCUGGUCAAGGUGAAGACCUUUCAAGGAGACAGUGACCAAAAUUGGAAAAUUGCCCAUGUGACACUCAGCGAGGAAAAGAAGUUUCGCUACCUUUUCCAGGGCACAAAAGGUGAUCCCCAGAACUCGAAUGGGGGAAUUUACCUGGAUGACAUCACUCUGACGGAAACCGCCUGCCCCACAGGGGUUUGGACAGUACGGAAUUUCUCCCAGGUCCUUCAAAACACGGUUAAAGGGGACAGCCUCCUGAGCCCUCGAUUCUAUAAUUCAGAGGGAUACGGUUUUGGGUUGAUCUUAUACCCUCAUGGUGCAAUAAGCUCCAGUAGCUCUGGCUACACAGGACUUGCAUUUCACCUAUGCAGUGGGGAGAAUGAUGCUAUCCUGGAGUGGCCAGCGGAAAACAGACAAGUGAUAAUGACAAUACUCGACCAGGAACCCGAUGUCAGGAAUAGAAUGUCCUCAAGCAUGGUGUUCACUACCUCCACGUCCCAGACAUCUUCAGCAAUAAAUAACUCCGUCAUCUGGGACAGGCCAUCCACUGUGGGAUCCUAUUAUGACGACUGUGAUUGUUUUAGAAGCAUUGGCUGGGGCUGGAGUAGUUUCAUCUCCCACCAAAUGCUAACAAGGAGGAAUUUUCUUAAAAAUGAUGACCUUAUACUUCUUGUGGAUUUUGAAGAUAUCACCCACCUUAGCCAGACUGAAGUUCAGACUACUGGAAGAAGUGUGAUUUCCCAAGGCCUCAUUCUCCAAGGCCAGGAGCAGCAGGCCUCAGAAGAAGGCUCAGAAAAGGCCUUGUUAGAGGAAGCCCUACCUGGCAGCCCGGGCCAGGAGCAGCCCAGCCGACAGAAGCGGUCAGUGGAGAACACGGGCCCCCUGGAGGACCACAACUGGCCACAGUACUUCAGAGACCCGUGUGACCCAAACCCGUGCCAAAAUGAAGGCAUCUGUAUGAACGUGAAGGGGGUGGCGAGCUGCAGGUGCAUCUCCGACCACACCUUCUUCUACACAGGGGAGCGCUGUCAGGCCACGCAGGUGCACAGCAGCAUCCUGGGCCUGAUGGUUGGAGGCAUGGCCAGCGUGGUCUUCUUGACCUUCGCCAUCAUCUUCAUCCUUCCCCGAAGGCCAUGGCAGUGA